ACUAGCAAUACAUAAAUGUCGAGAUGUAGAUUGUAAACGUAUUCGAUGACCUUGACAUUACCACAUUAAGACUGCUAUUUAAAAAAUAAUCAUACUAAUAGCUUUUGCCCUCUGUUAGAAAAUGGCUACACUGUGUUCCCGAGUAGCGUUAGUGAAGCAAAUAAAAGCAUUCAAUGGUUUGGCUCAGUCUUUGCGAGCUUUAUCAACCUCGUAUCCAAGAUGUGCCGAAUUGACAGUAAGAGAUGCAUUGAAUGCGGCCAUAGACGAAGAAAUAGAAAGAGAUGACAAAGUAUUUUUACUCGGUGAGGAAGUAGCCCAGUACGAUGGAGCAUACAAGGUGUCUAAAGGACUGUGGAAAAAAUAUGGCGACAAAAGAAUCUGGGAUACACCUAUUACUGAGAUGGGCUUUGCUGGAAUAGCAGUAGGAGCAGCUAUGGCUGGUCUUCGUCCAAUCUGUGAGUUCAUGACUUUUAAUUUCUCUAUGCAAGCUAUUGAUCAAGUGAUAAACUCAGCUGCCAAAACAUUCUAUAUGUCCGCAGGCACUGUUCCUGUACCUAUAGUAUUCAGAGGGCCAAAUGGUGCCGCAGCUGGUGUAGCAGCUCAGCAUUCCCAAUGUUUCGGUGCAUGGUACAGUCAGGUACCUGGUCUCAAAGUCAUUUCUCCGUACUCUUCUGAAGAUUGCAAGGGGCUGCUGAAGUCUGCCAUCCGUGACCCCAACCCAGUUGUCUUCCUUGAAAAUGAGCUAAUGUAUGGUGUCUCAAUGCCUAUGUCUGAUGAAGCAAUGUCUAAAGAUUUUCUGAUUCCUAUAGGCAAAUGUAAAAUUGAAAAAGCGGGUAAACAUAUCACAUUAGUGUCCCAUUCAAAGUGUGUUGGUACAUGUUUAGAUGCUGCCAAAGAGCUGGCAGGGCAAGGCAUUGAUUGUGAGGUUGUAAAUCUCAGAACAUUACGGCCACUGGAUGAGGAGACAAUUAUAAAAUCUGUGAUGAAGACAAACCACUUGGUGACAGUGGAAGGUGGCUGGCCACAGUGUGGUAUUGGGGCUGAGGUGGCUGCUCGAGUCAUGGAAAGCUCAGCCUUCAACUACUUGGAUGCACCUGUACUCAGAGUGACUGGCGCUGAUGUUCCAAUGCCAUAUGCUAAGAGCUUGGAAGAUUUAGCAUUACCUCAAGUUAAAAAUAUAGUGACGGCAGUAAAAAAAUCACUAAAUGUUAAAUGACAGGCUUUUCGACAAUGAACUAUUCACAUAUGAUCUUCAUAUUAUGUAUGUUUAUGAGAUAUUAUUUAAUGCACAUUGGACGAGAGGUCAAUUAGCUUAGACUACUAAUCAACUGCAGCAUACUGUGAGACUCGAGGUUCUAAGUGAAUGAUGUAAUCUUUAACUUGUUUUCAUCUGAUCAAAUCUUAAUUGCAGUUUAGUGUAUCUGCUAAUUUACCCCCCCUGGUGCUAGAUUCUUUUGCAAAAGACUCAAAUUCUGUGAAUUAAUGAGUUUGUGAUGAAUAGGUGGAUUUUUUUUUUUUUUUAAAUUAAUUUCCAUAAUCUCCAUGAUUUAGACAAAUCUGUAUUCCUGAUAUAUAGUUUUAGUAUGCAAUACUAAGCUAUAAGCUGACUUGCCUAGAUGUAGUUGCUCAAUUAUAUAUAUACAUGAAGAAAAAUUCUACCACAUGCUGUAAUAUAAUAUGUACACACUUUGACGAGAAAUCAAUUUUACAGGCAAAUGUUUGUUGAAUGAGAUUAUUAGGCGUUUACAUUGUGUUGACCAUGCAAUGUGCAAAUAAUCUAGUUGUGAAAUCUUAGUUCUGGCCCGUUUUUCUUUUUUUUAAUGUAAAAUAAAAGUUUUUCCACAGA